GUGCUUGCGAUAGUAGUGUGGAAAUAAAAUGGUUAGCUUUACAACCUUACGAAAUCACUGGAAGAAAUCGUUGUUUGCAGCCGGCAUUGCAGGCUACGGACUGUAUUAUGCAAAAACAAGCUUUGAUAUAUCACAGCAUAUGAAAAAUGUAUGCACGAAUACUAUAGCUCAAGGGAAAGUUUGUGACAAGCCCAAGCAUAUUUUGGUAGUUUUAAAUCCUGCAGCUAACAAAAGAAAGGCAGAGAAAAUGUUUAAGGAUUACUGCGAGCCCAUUCUACAUCUAUCUGGUUACAGCGUGGAUAUCAUUAAAACGACGGAAGAGGGACAUAUCAAGACAUGGCUGAACGAUAUGACUGUGCGUCCACAUGCGAUUGUAGUUGCCGGUGGCGAUGGUACGGCAUCUGAAGUAGUUACCGGCUUGUUGCGGCGAAAGGAAGGCAAGUGCCCAAUUGUAUUACUGCCAUUGGGUCGGAAAAGCACAAGUGCGUUGAAAUAUCUCGACUUUAAACCGGAAAACAAACUCGAGCGUGUGAAAUCGUUAACCGCAGCCUUAAUGCCUUUGCUGCAAGAGAAAGUAAAGAACGAAAGUGUUAUGAAAGUAGAUUUCGUUAAUGAUCCAACAGAUAAUGUGGUCCCUUCCAAAAACUCUAACACCAUUUAUGGAUUGACUGACUUUUCGUGGGGUCUAUUAAGAGAUCUUGAGAGCAUUACAGAUAAAUAUUGGUACUUCGGACCGCUGAGGCAGUAUGCAGCUACGUUAUUAAAUGCAUUCUCAAGUAAAUUAAACUGGAAUCUCUCCACAAAUUUCAUUUACACACCGCCUUGUGCUGGCUGUCGCAAUUGCCAGCCGAAUGAGAAUACAUCUUACGUAAAAAAGUUUUUGCCCAGAAUAUAUACAGUUCCGCACAAUAAUGCGGUUAACGCGAACUCUUAUAAAUUGAAUGAAGACUGCGAUACGAAAAUUGAAGGGCACACAAAUGCUAAUCAACUUAAUAUAACAUGUAAGCAAAAUAGUGACUCAAUUACAGAACUUGAAACCAAAAUUAUCGAUACACUCACGCCUGGUAUCGAAUUCGUUAAAAAAGUAAAUAAAGUAAUUGAAAAAGAGCUGGAGCCCAACAGCUUAAUUAAAAGUAGAACAAUAAAUCUACUGCCUGCACUUAAGAAUGCAGCUGAUGCGCAUUACUCGGUCGAUGGCGAGGAAUAUCGUGUUAAACCGUUACGCAUCGAAGUUGUUCCAAAUGCUAUUCAAGUAUUUUGCAAUUAAAACAUUUUUAACUGAAAUAUGUAUGUA